GCUGAAUUAGAAAUUUGUUGAUUUUUAAGAAAGAAGAAAUUAUUGAGAAAUAUUUUAUUCUCCCCAUAACUUUAUAAUUUAUUCUAUUUAAAUAAUAAGAAAAGAUUAUGUCAGGAGCAGACUUGAGUCGAAAUGAAAUCCUUCAAAUGGUUGUCAGAGUGUCACUUGUUUCUCUCGCAACUUAUUUCUCAGUUAAAUGGAUGAUUGAUAAGAUUGACCCAACAUGUAAAGCAAAGAAAAAGGCAAAAGAGCGCGCAGAAGGAUUGUUAAGAAGGUUGGGCUUCAAAGAAGGCAAAUUAUCAAAUUUAUCGGAAUACGAAAUGGUGAUUGCAGCUCAUCUUGUAGUUCCUGAUGACAUAAAUGUGUCAUGGAAAGAUAUUGCUGGGCUUGAUGAUGUUGUGCAAGAGUUAAAAGAGAGCGUCGUACUACCAGUCAAACAUCGAGGAAUGUUUCAUAAUUCUUCCCUUUAUCAAGCACCAAAAGGUGUUUUACUUCAUGGGCCACCUGGUUGUGGAAAGACACUUAUAGCGAAAGCAACAGCAAAAGAAGCUGGAAUGAGAUUUAUCAAUCUUGAUGUUGCUAUGCUUACUGAUAAGUGGUAUGGUGAAUCACAAAAGUUGGCAUCUGCUGUAUUUAGUCUCGCUUUGAAAAUCCAACCAUGUAUAAUUUUCAUUGAUGAAAUUGAUUCUUUUCUUCGAUCACGAAACACAAACGAUCAUGAAGCGACAGCAAUGAUGAAAACACAAUUUAUGAUGCUUUGGGAUGGCUUAAGCACUGGAAAUGAAUCAACUGUGAUCGUAAUGGGAGCCACCAAUCGACCUGGUGAUCUUGACAAAGCUAUCAUAAGAAGAAUGCCAGCACAAUUUCACGUUGCGUUACCAAAUGAAGAACAAAGGCUCAAAAUUUUAAAACUGAUUCUUGAAAAUGAACAAAUUUCACCAAAUUUAAACUUUGUGCAACUUGCCAAAGUAACAAACACAUUUUCAGGUUCAGAUCUGCGCGAAUUAUGCAGAAAUGCUUCAGUCUAUCGAAUCAGAACUUAUUUGAGGGAGCAUUGUGAUGAUCUUGAUGAAGAAGCGAAAAAAGCUCAAGAAAAUCCAUUGACAGAAAGUGCAACAAAUACGUCAUUACCCGAAAUCACGAUGGAAGAUUUAAUGACAUCAUUACAAAAGAUGAAACUUUCGAAGAUGCAUACAGGUCUCAUGGGUCUCGAAAUGAGAUCAGAUUUGGAUUAAUUAUAUUAAACAUUAGACACAUAAAAAAGGAGUUAUGUAUAGAUAAAGCUUUUAAUAGCAAAAGAAUCCUUCGAAAAUUUUCUUUUGUUGAUGUGCGUUUGCUUUUAAAGAUACAAAUACAAAUUAUGUAGUGAUAUCGUAAGAAAUAAAACUGAAAUUUAAAAAUAAAA